AUGAAGGAGGCGAACGAGAUGUUCCGUACCUGGCUGGUGCAUCUUCAUGGUCUGCUACCCCCUGCCCCGGAUGGAGAUUGGCUCGAGUUCCGAGCUGCCGUUGUACACUUGCUACCGGAGUUCCGAGAGCUGUUCCUGUUACCUGUUCAAGGUGUUGAAGCCUCCCGGAUGAAGACUAAACUCGAGCGUGAAACCAAAGGCCUCACGUGGGGAGACAUCAAGAGCAUUUCGUCAAGCCGAAAGAAAAAAAAUAGACUCUGUAAGCGAAAGGAAGACAGUGAUGAAGAGCAGUAA